GACCAUCCUUGGAAGGAUUGGUUAGGACUCGAUCCCAAAGGACCGAUUAACAUCCCUAUCGAUGACCAGUUACUCCAUCGUGAUCUCAAGAGAUUCAACCUCAUAACCUCUGGUUUGGGAACCGCUGUAAAGUUAGAAAAAGAGCAAUAUGGAAAUAAACUAG